CGAGGGCAAUCAGUUUGUGUCUGAGUGUCUCGGUCCGAACACGGUGUGAUCUCGGUUAGCGGAUCCGUAAUCGCACGAUGAGUGCCAAACGUCAGAACUUCCGAGCGGCGUCUACCGUUGGCGUAAUUUUAAUGUUGUUUACACUGCACAGCUUAAGCGAGGGCAAGGUGUUUGAAAAAUGUCCUCUGGCUAGAAUGCUGGACAAGCAGAAGAUUUCUUCACGAUCACUAAUCUCCAACUGGGUGUGCCUGGCAAUGGCCGAGAGUGGCGGUGACACUAGCAAAGUGACCACACUGGACAACGAGUCCGCCAACUACGGUAUCUUCCAGAUUAACAGCAAAACCUGGUGCCGAGAAGGACGCAAAGGUGGUCGUUGCAAUAAAAAGUGUGAAGACUUCCUGACCGAUGAUCUUAACGACGACAUUGAGUGUGCCAAGCAGAUCUACAGUGAUGGCGGUUUCGGUGCGUGGAAGGGCUGGGUAAACCGGUGCAAGCAGAAGACUCUACCCGAUUUGUCAUCAUGCUGGACUUAGGCCCCGUCGCCACACUACAUUGUUAGUAGACAUUAGACAAUGUUGACAGGAAAAAAGUUCCAAAUAAAAUAUUUGACUUUUGUUGCUUCGUAA